UUAGAAGUGAGAUUAUUAUUAUAAUUAUUAUCCAAACAGAGGACAGCAAGAACACGCUAUCUCUCAGAUUAUUCCAGGCAAUCUUGAACCACCGCCUUGAAGGAAGACCAGUUAAGCCUAGAGUGAGAGAUUAUUAUUUACAUAAAUACUGAAUUAAUAUAUUGUAUGUAUAAAUAUGAGGAAUACCGAUGGGUCUGUUCGCAUCAAUGCUAUGCCCAUAGUGAACGACUGAUUGGGAAUUUUCUGCAAUUCAGGACUUGAUAAUUUCCUUUGGGUAAUUUCAAAUUUGAUAAAAUAAAAUCCAUUGAAGAAGUAAACCUGGGGAGUGAAGAAGGCUCCAGAUUACGGCCGUGCUUGUAUUGCGCUGAUUGGCUGCUCCGUUACUGGCAUUUGAUUUUCCGUAAUAAAAUGGAAUCGCCUGCCGAUUCUUCGCCGAUUAGGCCCCGUGAUCGAGUCGUACGGAGGUUAGCUGCUUUAGGGAUUCCAAUGGAGUACCUUGAGAAGCGUUAUGAGGGGAUAAUUCAUUUUGUUAAUGGUAAUGGAUUAUUGUUGCCAGAGAUAGUUUCCUCACUCUUACCUACAGAUGAGGAUGUGGCUGAGUCAAUACAAGAUGCUAGUUUAAGGUCUAAGAAAUGGAUGUGCCUAAGUAUGAAAAAUCAAUUUCGUGAGAGUAUGGUUUGGUUGCAGUGGCUGAUGUUUCAGGGUGAACCGACAAACACUUUGAAAAACCUAGAGGACUCGAGUGUUGAACAACGUGGUGUUUGUGGUGCAGUUUGGGGAUCGAAUGACAUUGCAUAUAGGUGCCGGACGUGUGAGCAUGAUCCAACUUGUGCUAUUUGUGUUCCCUGUUUCCAGAAUGGGAAUCACAAGGAUCAUGACUAUACGAUUAUCUAUACCGGUGGCGGUUGCUGUGAUUGUGGGGAUGAAACGGCAUGGAAACAGGAGGGGUUCUGCACGAAGCAUAUAGGUUCUGAACAGAUUCGACCACUCGAUGAUGACUUAGCAAACUCUGUUGGUCCAGUGCUUGAUGCACUCUUUAUUUGUUGGAAAAACAAGCUAUUCGCAGCAGAAUGUAUAUUUCAGGAAAAUAUGAGAGCAACUGAUUGUGGUGCCGAGCAGAGGAAGGCUGCAAAUGAGCUUACUUAUGUGGUUGUUGAGAUGCUUAUAGAAUUUUGCAAGUGUAGUGACAGUUUGCUUAGUUUUAUAGCUAGGAGGGUAAUUUCUCUAGAUGGUUUAUUGGAUAUUCUGGUUAGAGCAGAGAGGUUCUUUAGUGAUGGUGUCGUGAAGAAGCUCCAUGAACUGCUGCUGAAAUUGCUGGCAGAGCCCAUCUUCAAAAAUGAAUUUUCUAAAGCAUUUUUAGGUUACUACCCAACUGUUAUACAUGAAGCCAUAAAAGAGGGAAGUGACAGCAUUUUCAAUAAGAAAUACCCACUGAUCUCAACUUUCUCUGUCCAAAUAUUCACAGUGCCAACACUAACUCCUCGUCUUGUGAAGGAGAUGAACCUAUUGGACAUGCUACUGAAAUGCUUGGAAAACAUUUUUCUUUCUUGCGCUCGAGAAGAUGGUCGUUUGCUGGCUGCUAAGUGGGGAAGUUUGUAUGAUACCACUAACCGUGUAAUUGAAGACAUCCGGGUUGUUAUGAGCCAUGAUGUAGUCUCCAGAUAUGCAAUCCAUGAACAGAAGGACUUCUUAAGAGCUUGGCUAAAGCUUUUGACUUUUGUGCAAGGGAUGAACCCUAUAAAGAGGGAAACUGGCCUCCAUAUUGAAGAAGAAAAUGAGGCUAUGCAUUUGCUUUUUGUUUUAAGCCAUUCUAUUGCCAAUAUUCACUCCCUUCUGGUAGAUGGUGCAUUUUCUGUUGCCACAAAUGAAGGGGCAAGCUGUCUUCCUUACGCUUAUAAGCAAGAUGUGGAUGAUGGAGAUAGCAUAAGACAUGCAAAAGUAGGAAGGCUCUCCCAAGAGAGUUCUGUUUGUAGUGUAACAGGAAGGAGUGUUUCAAAGGCUACUGAAAUAGGAUCUGAUUCCAUAUAUCAUUCAAUUCCCUCCACUGUCAUCUGGUUAAUACAGGAGUGCUUGAGGGCUUUGGAGACUUGGUUGGAAGUUGAUGGCGGUACCCCUGCUGCUCUUCAGAGUUUAUCUUCUCCAAAUAGUAGUGGCAUUUCUGAUAGCAAUUUUUUGGCAAUAAAGAAAACCUUGUACAACAUUAAGAAAGGCAAAUAUUUUGGGAAGCUAACUGGUUCAAGUGAAAAUCAUAGCUCACAAUGUUCUUCACCUGUAUAUAGUGGAAAUCGAGCAAGUGAUGAAAUGGAGAUUGCUAAAAAUAUAGGCUAUGACAGUACAAGCUCUUCAGCUGAAAUUGAUCCUGUUGCAUGCGAUUAUAUGGGUUUGGAUGUCAGUGCCAUGGAGACAGACAAUGGCAUAGGAGUAGCGACUCUACGUGUUUUGAGUUUAAGCGAAUGGCUAGAUAUCAUUUAUGAUGUUAGUUCACAAGAGAUAUCUGUUCACGUUCCAUUAUAUCGAUUAUUUUCCUUGCUUUUGCUGAAGGCAUUGAGAAUGUCUUAUGGUGAAUCUAUAAUGCCAAAUAUAACAAAUGCUUGUUUGGCAAGUUCAUUAUCAGCACAUGUAGAUUUCUUUUGCAACAUCCUUAAGGGCUGCAAUCCUUUGGGGUUCUCUGCCUCUGUUAUGGAGCACCCUUUACGGAUUAGGGUAUUUUGUGCUCAAGUUAUUGCUGGAAUGUGGCGGAAGAAUGGGGAUGCUGCCCUAGUAUCUUGUGAGUGGUACCGCUCUGUUCGCUGGACUGAACAAGGCUUGGAGCUUGAUUUAUUCUUGAUGCAGUGUUGUGCUGCACUAGCUCCUCCUGAUCUCUAUGUUAAGAGAAUUGUAGAGCGCUUUGGGCUGUUGAACUACAUCUCUCUUACUCUUGAGAGGUCAAAUGAGUAUGAGCCAGUUCUUGUUCAGGAAAUGCUCACUCUAAUCAUGCAAAUAUUACUAGAAAGGAGAUUUUGUGGACGCAAUACGGCUGACAGUUUGAAAAGAGAACUGAUUUAUAAGUUAGCCAUUGGAGAUGCUACUCACAGUCAACUAGUGAAAUCUCUACCACGUGAGCUUUCCAAGUCUGACCAGCUUCAAGAAAUUUUAGAUAGGGUUGCUGUAUACUCUAAUCCAUCAGGCUUUAAUCAGGGAAUGUAUUCAUUGCGUUGGGCCUAUUGGAAGGAGCUGGAUUUAUACCACCCUCGUUGGAACUCAAGGGAUUUGCAAGUUGCAGAAGAAAGAUACUUGCGUUUCUGUGGUGUUUCUGCAAUGACUACUCAGCUGCCUAAGUGGACAAAGAUAUAUCCUCCUCUUGAGGGAGUCGCUAGGAUUGCUACAUGCAGAGAGACACUUAAGAUUAUUCGUGCAGUUCUAUUCUAUUCUGUUUUCACUGAUAAAUUUACUGAAUCACGUGCUCCUGAUGGUAUCCUAAUGACAGCCCUGCACUUACUUUCACUAGCAUUAGACAUUUAUUUGCAGCACAAUGGAUCUGGUGGUGUAGAACAUCAUAUUGGAGAUUCAAAUUCCAUGCUGGAUUUUGCUAGUGAAGCAAUUACUGAAUCAUUAAACUAUACUGCUGGCAACCAGAGCUUGUUAUCACUUCUUGUUGCAUUAAUGAGAAUGCAUCGGCAAGACAACGAAAACAAUUACAUGGAAUCCAGCAAAAGCAGUUUUUCUCCUCUGAUUGAAAGUUUAUUGAAGAAGUUCGCUGAAGUUGAUUCCCAGUGCAUGACCAAACUGCAACAACUUGCACCUGAAGUGGUCAGCCACCUGUCAAAAUCUACUUCUAAUACCGAGAGGAGGACAUCAGGUUCAGCUUCUGAUAGUGAAAUGCGCAAGGCGAAAGCUCGUGAAAGACAAGCUGCCAUAUUGGCUAAAAUGAAAGCAGAGCAGUCCAAGUUUUUGUCAAGCAUCAGUUCCACUGCUGAUGAUUCAAAAUCUGAAGCAGAAGUUUCUGAUUCUGACUUGGAACAUGAAGCAGAGGGUGCUGUGCAGCAGAGUUGCUCCCUUUGCCAUGAUCCUACUUCCAAAGAUCCUGUUUCUUUCUUGAUUCUUCUACAAAAAUCUAGGCUUUUGAGCUUUGUUGAUAGAGGUCCUCCAUCAUGGGAUCAAUGUUCAGAGGAGCAAGGUUAUAUUCCCGCAAAUAGGUCAUCCAAUCAGUCAGGUUCAAAUGCCUCUGCCCACAGUUCAGGAUUGCCUUCUUCGUCAGUACAGUUGACUGAAAAUCCAGUUAUUGAGUCUAACAAUAACAGGCAGGGACAAGAUAGGGAGGUAAAUGUCAUUCUUGAGUUUUUCAAGUCUCGAUUUCCUUCAGUGAGGAGCACUCAAGCACCUUUAACAUCUACUGAUGUGGGGGACAGUAGUAUAUACAAUAUAGAGAAGUUGGAAGAAGAUAUGUACAAAUCUAUUCGUAACGAAAUGUGUAAUAAUUUGUUACGCUCAAGUUUCAAAACGGAUGUGGUAUCCUCUGCCACUGAAUGUUCUCAAGGAAACCACAGGGAUGCUGAAAUUGACAUUCUUGGAAAGUACAUUGUUGCACUUUCAAGUGAGACAAUUGGAAACCCUUUGGGUACUGAAAACACUGAUGUCGGUAGAGAGUUGACAGAAUCUACUUCACAGCCUCUUGUUUAUGACGGGUUUGGACCGUUAGAUUGUGACGGGAUUUAUCUUUCUUCCUGUGGGCAUGCUGUACAUCAGAGUUGCCUUGAACGCUAUUUAUCAUCACUGAAGGAAAGAUUUGCCCGAAGGAGUUUCUUUGAGGGGGCACAUAUUGUGGAUCCCAAUCAGGGAGAGUUUCUGUGUCCUGUGUGUCGCAGACUAGCAAAUUCUGUCUUGCCUGUAGUGAAUGGGACUUCCCGAAAGGCUGGAAGGCAGCCUAUGACUUCAACUGUUGAUCAAGUGCCUUCUUUAGGUUCUUCAUCUGCAGCGAACAAAGAAACAUGUUCUCUUCUGCUUCAGCAAGGUUUAUGUCUUCUAAAAACUGCCGCCAAUGUGGUUGGGAGACCUGAUUUCUUUGAAGGUCUUUCUUUUCAAAGAAAAGAAAGUUUAAGUCAGAAUCUGGAGCCUAUAUCCCGUGUUCUGUCCAAAAUGUAUUUUUCAAAAAUGCAGGAUAGAUUCUUAGGAUCUCCAAGGUUAAGCCACCCAAUAAUUUUAUGGGAUACUCUUAAAUAUUCCCUUAUGUCAACAGAAAUUGCUGCUCGCAGUGGAAAGACAUAUAUGGCUGCAAAUUAUACUCUUACUUCUUUGUAUAAGGAAUUUAAAUCUUCUAGUGAAUUUACAUUUUCCUUGUUGCAAAGAGUUGUGCAGAACUUGAGCACUACAAAUUCUCUUCAUGCCCUCCAAAGAUUUAGAGGUCUUCAACUAUUUGCAGAGUCUAUAUGUUCUGGGCUUGUCUUUGAUAACCACAGCACCACACAUAACAAAGAAGAUAAGCUCCUUCGUAUCUUGAAGCAUGAUGAUAAGGAAGCAUUAUAUCCUGACAUUCAAUUAUGGAAUUCGGCAUCUCAUCCUGUUCUUGCUCGUGACCCUUUCUCAUCACUGAUUUGGGUUCUCUUCUGUCUUCCCUGCCCAUUUAUCUCAUGUGAGGAGUCCUUGUCAUCCCUUGUGCAUGUUUUCUAUGUUGUCUCUGUGAUUCAGGCUUUAAUUGUAUGUUGUCAGAGACAUGGUUGUAAGACCGAUGGAUUAGAUUCCCAUAAUCGCCUAGUUACUGAUAUCUGUGGCAUUCUUGGAGAAACUGGUUGUGCUCACUGGUAUUUUGUGUCAAAUAGUGUCGACCAUUCUUGUGAUAUUAAAGAUAUGAUUCGAAGAUUGAGUUUCCCGUACUUACGGAGAUGUGCAUUGUUGUGGAAGUUGCUUAAAUCGUCUUCCACAGCACCUUUCUGCGAAAGAGAUGAUGUGUGGGAGCCCUCUCAUGCAACAACUGACAUGAUGGAUACAGUUGAAAGUGCUUCAGUGGAGCUUAAUGAAAUAGAAGAACUAGAGAAUAUGUUUAAGAUUCCUCCUAUAGAUGUUGUUCUUGAAGAUGAAGUCGUACUAUCAUUUGCAUUAAAAUGGUUUCAUCACUUCAACAAGGUAUAUGAGGCCUGCAGUUUCCGAAAUGUUUUCUACUGCAAUCCUGCGGUUCCGUUCAAGUUGAUGAGCCUGCCUCAUGUUUAUCAAGACUUACUACAAAGCAGGUAUAUAAAGCAGUGUUGCCCUGAAUGCAAAGCUGCGCUUGUUGAACCUGCAUUAUGCCUUUUGUGUGGUAGAUUGUGCUCUCCAAGUUGGAAAUCAUGCUGCAGGGAGAGUGGAUGCAUGGUUCAUGCAAUGAACUGUGGUGCUGGUAUUGGUGUAUUUCUGUUGAUAAGGAGAACAACAAUCCUACUGCAAAGAUGUGCGCGUCAAGCUCCUUGGCCUUCUCCAUAUUUGGAUGCAUUUGGUGAAGAGGAUAUUGAAAUGCAUAGAGGAAAACCACUGUACUUGAACGAGGAACGCUAUGCAGCUCUAACUUACAUGGUUGCUUCUCAUGGCCUUGAUCGGAGUUCGAAGGUUCUAGGCCAAACAACCAUUGGUACCUUUUUCAUGGUUUAACUUGGUUUCAUGAUAGUGGUGGUGGUUAAAUCUUUGGCUUCUUUCAUAUGUCGCCAUUUUCUAGCAACACAUCAAUUGCAUAGAAACUGGUUCUACAAAAUUGAAGCUUGCCAGUAUCCUUAAAUUAUUGCAAACUAAGGAUCUUGGACAAUGAUGUCGGCAUGUGGCAUUUUUGGCUUGACAUACUGGUAAUCAGAUCUGUUCAGUGGAUUCAAUGCUUCCCCCCCCCCCCCCUUAUUUUUCUUUGGUAAUUUGUGUCUUUUACUUUUCUGUUAAUGAAUAUUGAUUCUUAGAUCACUGUGUUUGACGGGAGAAAUGGUUUGGACGUAGUAUUUUUCUUCAUUAUGGGCAAAGUGGAGCAAUAGUUUCUGCUGCUUUUAUGGGUUUGUAACAUGUCUGUGUACAUAAUAGCACAUUUUCUCUCGAUACAACAAUUCUUCCCUUUUUCUGGUUAAGACAAUGACUACUACUAAUAUUGCCUCAAAA